UAAACCAAAACAGAAAUGCUGGAUAGAGAUGAAAGGAAGUACAAUCCAAAACAUCAUCUCCUUUCAAUCCUGUAUGAACUCAAAGUACCCUUUCCAUAAACCACCUCAUGGGUCACUGUAGCAGUCCUUUGAGACAGUGAGGGUUCACUUGGAAUCAUACUUUUAGGUGACUAGGGCUCAAGCUAACUCCUAGCUGUGAUUCAGGCCAAUCUUCUACCCACCCAACUCUCCUCAGAACAGCAUCUCUUCCAGGUAAUGCUGUUGUGAGCUACAACUUCAAAUAUCACCUGACUGUUCCCAUCAACAAAAGUAUCCCGUUAAUUUCUGAAUUUUUCAAAAUGAGCAAUAGUAAACUAAUUCCCAAGCUCUCCAUUCAAUCUCCUGUCCAUCAUAACAACUUAAAUGUUCAGUCCUCAGAUCGACCUUUUAAGAAAGACUUAAAUCUGAUUUCAAAAGACUCCUUGGAGUCUGACUCAGAAAGCCUCACUCAUGAGAAUAAGUCCCAGUCUGAACUUGACCAAAUCCAGGACAAAGAUAUAGAGCCGGACAGCUUAGAGGAAAGCCCUGCACAGGAAAGCCUGAGUGAAACAGAAGGGGAAACAGAGAAAACAGCAGCUCAGAUGGCCCGGGAGGAAGACUACUCUGCUCAGGACAAUGAUGGGAGUAACAGCCAACAGCUUAUAAAGGACAAAUAUUCAGACCUCCGAUAUGAUCCGAACUGGAAAAAUAAGAAAGAGGAAGUGCAGUUGUUGAUUGUGGAAACCUUGCCAGAGUCUGCAGACAGCUCUUCAGAAAAUCUGCCCUUGGUGCCACUCUACCCUUCCAAGGAGACUUCAAUGGAACUCUCAGAGGGAAAAGAAAAACAGAAAAAGUGUCCUCAGAGUGCAGCCACCUUACUCGGAAGUGAAUUUUUAAGCCCAGACUAUGAGCCUGGCUCCCAAGUCAGUGAGCCAUUUUCAGAGCCAAGUGACAGUGACCAGGAAGAGAAGUCAAGCAACCUCUCUAAGUACCUGAAGAGUUCAAGUUCACAUAAUGAGGUAUUCCUCCCAGGAUCACGUGGCCCUCGAAGAAGGAAGUCUAAACAAUAUUUUGUGGAAAAAAAUAAGCUUACAUUGGGAUUACCUACUCCUAAAACAGAUUCUUAUCUUCAACUUCACAAUAAAAAAAGGGGGGAAACUCAUCUAGAACAGAUCUCCUACUCCAUCAGAGUAACUGGCAAGACUUCUGUUCAGAAUGCCAAAGAGACUGAAAAUGCUGUCAUCAAUCCCGAGGACAAAUGGCAUCAAAGAGCACGACAGCUAAAGAAUUACCAGGAACACUUGUCUGAAUGUGAAGGUAAAACAUCAAGCGAUGUCGUAAGAGGUCAAUCCUCUGAGUCAGUAAAUGGCCAGCAAGCUUCCAGAAGACCAGCAAAGCCCAGAGUUCGGAGAUUGCAUAAACACCAGAAUGGCAUGAAGUCCUUCAUGACUAAAGAGCUUAUUGUCAGUCAAGGGAUCCAGAAUAAAACUCCCACACAGCAACAAAACCAAAAUCAGAAUGGGUCAGUUAUGCUUUGGAAUGCUUCUAAUAAUGAUGUACAAGACUUGAGUGCCCUUAGGAACCAGAAUUCCAAAGGUACCUCCAAUAUGUUUGCUCUGCCAAAACAAACUUUUGACGAGGUAUUAUAUAAAAACUCUACUGGGUAUCACUCAGUGCUGAAUGUUAACAAAGAAAGACAAUACAAAGAUGAAGAAGAGAAAAGAUUUUCAUAUCAACAAUUACCCGUCUAUACUGUUUCUAACAUGGAUUUGAACAAUUUUAAUGAAAUUUCUGAGAGACAUGUGUUCUUGAGCCAGAAAGGCUCUCAAUCUGCUUAUGACAUGGUUGUUCAUGGAGCCACUGGAAAUAAGAAGCAACCCAAACAGCCUUAUGAAGAGACAAAAUAUAAGAACAUAGAAAUGCUAUGGAAAUUCAACUCUUCCUCAUACAGCCAACCUACUAGAGCUUCUCCAAAUUCACAACUCACACAAAUCAUGGAGCAACAUCAGCAAGCUUUGGUGCAGCUGGCCGAGGUGCAGCCCAGGGAGGGAUCCUUUUCCAAUGUCACACUUCCGCCCAUCUUGUCCAGGGUGGAAAGUGAAUCCCAACUCAGUUCAGAGAGAAACCAGAUGAAAAUUAUUCGUAGCAAUUCUGAAGGAUAUCUGUUUCAACUGGGAAAGGGAAAAAAGAACAGGAAAAGAAGCAGCAUUAAGAGUACCAAGCUGAAAGGCUAUCAAAAAAGAGACGUGAGGCUCGGAGGCCUGGGUCCUGACUUUGAGUCCAUCAGAGACAAAAUGCAAAAGUUAAAACAGCAGAAAGAAUAUGCAAAACAAGUUAAAGAGUACAACAUGAAGACACUCUCCAGUCCAUCCAAACCACAACCAGCAAAAACUGAAAAUAAACCAGUCAUUCCUCGGCAGAAGGCUUUAGAAUAUUCCAAGACCAUCCCCAAACCAAAACAAUCAAAUCUGACUGAUCAAGCAACAAAGAAGAAAAAAAAUCCAACCUUUAAUGGGAAAGAAGAAAGUUUACCUGAAAUCUCCCUACUAGAGAUACUGCAGAGCAGACACGAGAGGGAAAGACAGGCUGUGGCUGCUUUCAAAGUUCUUCAUAUUGUCUAGAUAGCACUCCAAGAACAGACAUGCAGAAAAGAAACUCCAACCAACUUGUCUGCAUUGUGAAUGAUAAGCUGGUACCGUCAGUCAAGCACUGUGCACAGGAUUUAAUAGAGGCUGUCAGACUAUGGUGCCAUUCUUCACCUUCUAGCAAGAAAAUAUUUUUAGUGACUUAUUUUCAAAUCAGUUAGAAUUUUGGGCUGAUAAAUAACUAGAGAAUAAAACCUUUAGUUUCUUAUUGGGUCUUUUGAUUUCUUAAACUAUCUGUGCCUGUCUUUAGCAAAC